AUGAGUUGGGUAUUUCUAGCAUUCGGGCUGUUGAUAGGCGCCAUCAGCUGCCAGGGGUUCCUCGACAUUCCAAAGGACGACCUAUGCCGAGCCGAGCCGAAUUUGGAAAUGUGCCGAGGGAUGCAGGCGGAAGCGCGGAGCUCUUCCGAAAAAGCCGACGAUCCGUUUGCUGAUAUUGCAACGAGGGCCCCCGACACCGAGGCGUUCGCCCCAUCCCAUCGCUCCUCGUUACGGAAAAAGGGGCCGCCGAAAACGUGGCGCGAAUACUACGAACGCCGGAAUCAGCACGACCAGGAUCGGGAGUAUCGACAGCGAUAUCAUUCCGGUUUCUACAACCUAUAUCCCGGGCUGUACCCGAAAGACAAGAAUUUCUGCGAGACCAUGAAGCCGAAUUUCGCCUUCACCUGCCAGCCGGGGAAAUCCUUGCGGAUUGAUUUGGUCGAGUUUUGCAAGGACUAUUCCAUUUUCUGCGGCCUCCCGAACUUCCACAGGUUGCCUGGGCCUCGUGAAGGACCAUCUCCUGAUGGUCGCCCGGGUGGCCGUGUGGGCGUCAAUCUCGGGGUAGGAUUCUCGAUUGGCACGGUGCCAGGGCUCGAGGUCGACGCUGGCGCGGGGGUCGAUGUGGGCCCGAUUCCGGGCAUGGGCGAGAAUGUCGGGGUUGGCGUUGGGCUAAACCUCGGCCUCCUCGGCUCGAAAUCUCCAGAAGCCUACCGUCGCGGAAUGGACAAUCCAAACGACCCGGGCGGUGGGCUUGUUGGCAUCAAUGGAGGCGUUGGAGUCCAAGCUCCCGGCGUGCCCGGCGGCGUUGGGGUCAACAGCGGUGUCGGCGUGGGGCGA